UGACUCAUUUCAACAUGCCAAGGUUUAAUGAACGCUAGUAAUUGUUAAAUUAGUUUUAGCUUACUCGUAAUCGUAGUAUCAAUUUAACACGGAAAAAGUUUGCUGAAUUAAGGAAUGCAACUUCUACAACUGCAUAAGACAUAUUGUGACUACAUUGAGAGAGGAAAACGUUAAUUUCCUUCGAAGGAAUGUAAAUUUUAUAUUAAUACUUGACAUGAAUCAAACGCAUCGAGACAUAAUAGAUUCAUGUUACGAAUCUAUCGUACCUAAAAUAGAUUUAUUCAAGUUAUGGCCAAAGUUAUUGGAAAAUAAAGUUUUUAAUAGAGACGAUGUAAAUAUUCUACGUUGGAAGAAGAAUUUCGCGGACGAAGCAACUGUGGGAGACGUAUAUUUAACUGUAAAAACACGGGGACCGUUUGCAUUUGACGGUCUUGUUACAAGUCUCCGGCAAAGUAAUCAUGGCAAUUUAGCUGAUACUUUAGAACAGAAGAAUACCACGUUCCUUAACAAUGAAAUCCAAACGAACGAUAAUGAAGAGACUGUAAUAAAUUAUAGUACCACUAAGGAAACAAAUUUUAUUCCAACUAUAGAAGGACAAGACAACUUCUAUCACAAUAUGCAAAUGUCGGAUAAACCCUUACAAAUUCAAGUACGAAAAGCUACAAAGUUUUUAGACGGACCUGUGUACGAGCAUGUUCAAAGAUAUCCAAUGCGUAGUAAACCUCGUGGAUUAGUUUUAAUAAUUACAAAUAUACAAUACAAAUAUUCGAAUGAAAAACCUAGAAAUUCGGCCGCGCAUGAUGAAGUGAAUCUAAGAAAUUUGUUUACACAAAUGGGUUUUAUUGUUAUUUCUCAUUUUGAUCUAACAGGGGAGGAAUUACUGAAGAAGGUAAAAGAAUUUUCUCAACAUCAAGAUUUACGAAAAGUUGAUUCAUGCUUUGUCAUUGUGAGCAGUCAUGGUAGCGUAAGUGCCCAUACUGAAAUCACAGAAAUAGAAGGCGUGGAUUAUAAUCCUGAGAGUAAAGUAGAGAAUUCUAAACGUGUUUUAUGCGUGGAUAUUUUGGACUAUUUUACUGCACAAGUUUGUCCCCAUCUUGCAGGGAAACCAAAGAUUUUUAUCUUUCAAUUAUGUAGGGGAGAAAAAUCGCAAAAUUCAAUAAAAAUACCGAGACACACGACGGAUACAAAUAAUUUUAAUUCGUCUGAGGAAAUGGUCCAUCUCAAGGCAAAUAGUAACGAUACGAUUAGAAAUUACGCGGACAUGUUUGUCGCACACGCUACUCUUCCAGGAUACGUUGCUUUUCGAGAUACAAUAACCGGCAGUUGGUUUAUACAAAUUUUGUGCGAAGUAUUUAUGAACUAUGCGUGUAUAACUCAUCUUCAGGAUUUACUAAACAUGGUCGAUGAACGAUUAAAUAAACAACGAACUACGAAGGAGGAAUGUCAAACUUUAGCGGUAACAUCGAUAGGAUUUAAUAAACAUUGUUACCUCAACCCCGGUCUUUUCGAAGAAACAUAGUCAAAACAAUUUACGAUAAAGCAACCUUUAACACGUUGAAUGCAAUUGUAGGUACCGAUACUUUGUCAUAAACAAAUCCUAAUAUUUGUAAACUUUUAUAUGAAAUUACUAUUGUUAGGAAUACUAUAAUAGAAUAAGCAUACACGCCAUUAAAUUAUUAAAUGUUCCUAGUUAUAUACUGAGAAUAAUUCAGUAUAAAUGGGAAGACAGAAAAAACUCAUUCAGCAUUCAAUGUGUUAAAAUAUUUAUCAAAGUUGUUAUUUUUAUAUUAACUUGUCAUGAAUUAUCGAAGGAAUCUGAUGAAGUUUAUCCAUCAGACGAGUUCGGAUUGUUUUAUACUUUUUAUUACAUUUUAUAAAAUUGAUUAAGAAAUAUAUAAAUUUAUACGUAAUCUACAUAUAAUUUAUUUCUGUGCAAAAAGUUUCUUAGCUUUUCGAAAUCGUUAGCCCUGCGUGCUCCAGUAAUACUAUUAGCGAAAAGCAACGGUUAUACGUAAAAAUUUAUGUAAUGAAAGUUUUGCUGCAGUCGGAAACUAAGAAUAGGUUAGGUAAGUAGCAUAUUAUAACGGAAGUUAACCCACAUUUAAUUAUGUAUAUUAAAUUAUUUUAGUACGAUUCACCAUAUAGUUUUCCAGAUAUUCAAAAUUCAUGUUUGCCUCGUUAUGUCCAAACUGAUACUCUAUCAGUAACUGAGAUUGCAGCUAAAGUUUAGGCAAAAUGAAUCGAAGUUUCAAUUUUAGUGAAAUUGGCCAUAAGACGUCGAAAUAUGAUUGAUCUAAAAAUUUGAUUUGUGGCUUUCUUUACGCCUAUGCAGCCAUUGAUUACGGUGCUUGAUAAAUAUGGCGACGUUGCUCUUAUUCGAUAUCACAUAGUGAGAUAUCUACACUAAAAAAAGCGGAAAAGUUAUUUUUAUAAAGAUAUCUUGUAAUAAAAAAUUUGUUCGAAAUUUUUAAAUGUAAAAACGUUUUCAAAUAGUAAAUCUACGAUACGAUUCACAGGGGUACAGUUUUCCAAUAGAAGUAGGGUUAUGUCAUAUAGUUUGUUUUUUAAUUAAAUUUUCUUUGCGUAUUUUUUUAUGUUCUAACACAUUUUUUGUAUGAAACUUCUUUUACAUUACAAACGAUUUUUUAUGACGCUUCCGCUUGUAAGAAAUUAUAAUCGAUUGCAACCAUGCGAUGUUAUUAUGACCUACAACUUGAACACUACGCAACUCAAGAAUACUGUUUCUUGUUUAGCAAUUCUUAUUAAUUUUGUCGAUAUUUUCAUAUUCUAACCGAAGCAAUUGUUGAA